AGGACAGUUCCAGCGUAACCAUGUCCCUGAAGGAUCUCAAGGCCAUCAUUGGCGAAAUCUACGGCUCCAAGAAGCCUUCGACUGUAGCUGCUUCAACUGCUGUCGGCGCUGUGGAGAAGCCGCAACGCACCGCCGAUGGAUCAAAGUCCAGCCGCGGAGUCAAAGCGAACGCUCAUACUUCCGGCCCCGCUCGAAACGAUCCGCCGAGGGUCAUUGUGGCCCACAAGGGCGAAAUGCAGGCCGUUCGGGUCACGGCCGUGGCCUCAAAAUCCAAGGAACUGCCAUCGGGAAGCAACAGACAUGGCGAGAAUGGCGGGACUGCAGCGCGAAAGAAGCCCGCAUCUGUCUCCAACAGUGAGCACACUCUAUCCAGCCAGGUCAAGGCCGAGCCCGCCCAGAGGGUCUUUGUCAAGGUUGCUAAGGACGCCGAGAAGCCCAGAAAAGCCGCCAGCACGCUCUCUGUAUCUGAGCGAAGGAAUAUCGCAUCCAAGAGCACCGAGUCUGUCGUGUCUGCCAGCACCACCGGCAGAUCCAAGCUGGUGGCCAGGAGCAGCUCUGUUGUGGGCUCCAAGAAACCAGAGCAUCCGGCUCAGCCGGGUCAGCCGGGGCAUUUUGCGGACCACCGCCAUGACCACAAAGCCGGCUCUCAUCUCACCCUGCACCAUGCUCCGGGCAAGUCUCCGAAUGAAAAGCCCCCCUCGACGAUGCAUCUUUUCAACUCGACUCUCUCCCCUGUUCGUGCGGAUGCUCUCGACGGACGCCCCACCAGCAUUCCGACACCUCACGGCACAAUGAAGAAAAGGCUGCCGUCCCAGCACUCAUCGGUUUCGAUCCAGCAGCCGGCUCUUUCGGCUCAGCCAGGAGUUGAUCGACCUGCCCAGGAGCAGAGAACUUCCAAGCCGUCCUCGCGCGCGAAGUCUGCGUCCAUAGCAACGAGCGACAGCGCCAGGGCCACAUAUGCCGAGUCUCUGCCAAAGACAGCCGAUACCGGCCGUAGCCGUAGCCGUAGUGCAGCGGCUAGCAUCGAUGCUGAUGUUGAUAUCGACUAGGGUGCCAGCAUCGAUGUUGAUAAGAGAGUGUAUGGGUGUUGGGGGCAAGCCCUGGUUAACGACGCAGGCCCACUGUAUGCACCCAGCCAUUGAUUCCAAUGCCGUACCCAGGACACUUGCCAUUUUCCGGUUGAGUUGCGGUCUGAAAACGCUUGCGUUGCAUAGGCAACACGCAAUACACCAUUACCAGGGUG